GUUUAAGGCGUUUCACCUGCAGUUACUCUGACUGACCGCUUGAUGCCGCUGAUGCGAAACGCCCUUUUGAUGAACUGACAGAAGACAAACAAAAGCAUCAACGUGGAGGAAAAGCAGAGCACGAACACAAAAUACUAAUGAGGCAGCGGGUGUUCACCGGGGUGGUCACACAGAUGCAGGAGCAUCAUGGGAUUGUGGAUCAGGAGGUUCAUUUUCCAGUGAGUGUUGUGGUGGGUCGUGUGCCCCUGGUGGGAGAAAAAGUGUUGGUGAAGGCGGUCCAGGACCCCCUGAAGCCCAUCAGCUGGACGGCACAGAAAGUUCAGACGCUGAACGGACAGCCCUUCAAAUCUCCUCCUCCGCUGCUGCCCUCCAUGUCAUCCAAUCCAAAGCCUGGCAUUUUAGGGACCAAACCGCAACCUCUGCUGAAGUCUCCCAAAAUACCACCACUGAUUCCCAGCAUGCAGCCAAAUCCUGGUGGCAUGAUGCAGAUGUCCCAUCACCAGCAGAUGUCCUGGAACGGUCCGUUCGAAGGCUGGGGUGGAGGACGGAAGAGACACGCUGAGGUCAUGGGAGGUCGUAGAGGUGGACGCUGGGAGGACGGUGGCGGAGGGCCGUGGGGAGGAGACGCCAUGCACCAAAAACGAAAAAGAUGGAGGGCCGUCUUAGAGGAGGAGGCACCCAAAAAGAGCAGCUCCAUGUCCACACACAGCACUCCGCUGUUCUCCUGUUUCUCCAGGAACACCCAGGCCUGUGAUUAUCUGGAGCUUCAGCGGCGGUACCCACACCUGCACCUGCCCUUCAACCUCUUCCACCUCCAGCAGUCCUGGACUGAGAGUUUCCCGCUCGACCAGCCUUUUCUGCUGAGAGGACCGUGUCACUUUCACGUGGGAUCAAACCAGCCGGAGAGUCAAGCAGAUGUUUGCGAGUCCACAGAUGAGGCUUUCUCCGUUAGGGUUCUGUUGUUUUCUAUGCCGUGCCUUGAGGACUUGUACUCACAGUGUUGUAACCUCUCAAAGGACGGUCAGAUGCAGAAGGAGGCCGUGCAUCCCACUACACUUCUCAAAUUUGUGAUGGUGGACAGUGGAGGGGAACUGCGGCUUCCUGGAGGUCACUGGUCACCCAAAGCAGACGGAGCAAAUCCAGUGAAGGACAGUUCGACGCUGGUCAACACUGCGCUCCGCUGCAUAAAGGAACAAACUGCUCUGGACCUCUCAGCCUGCACGCAGUGGCACAAGAUGGCGGAGCUGAGAUAUCUUUCCGGAGAUAAAAUGGAGACGGUUGUGGUGUUGUUGCCAGAUGUGUGGAAUCUAGUGCCAGCAGAAGAAGACUGGGCAAAAUUACGACAAAAACAGCUGGAUGGUGAUUUGUCGCAUCCAGAAGGUCCGUCUGUGGUUUUUCACCCCUCCACUGGACUCAAUCUGUCUGUCGUGUCUCUGUCCUCACUGCUUGAGCCCCAGACGCCUCAGACGCGGGACAGCUGUGAGGUGAGUUUGAUGGCGGAGAUGUUCAGCGAGAUGCUCCAGAGGGAUUUUGGGCUUGAGCUGUAUCAGUGUCUCUGCCGUCUGCCACAGGGCCCCAGCGUCAAAGAGGACAACAGCGCUCCCAUGGAGGAUGAGCCCAAAAAAACAGACAAACAGACAGCAAAAAAGAAAGGACUGAUCGAUGCUAAGAAGAGAAAACUCAAAGAGAAGGAUGGGGAGAGAGAGACAGAAGACGCCGCACUGACGGAUGAGACUGAACCGGCUGGAAAACAAUCUGAGCAUCUAAAAGAGAGUAAAAGCCAAAGCACAGGAGGAGACGGGCAGAGCAGCAGUGCCUCAGACAAUCAGCCGUCCAAAGACAGUGAACGUCCUCUGGGCUGGACGCCUGAGCUUCCCCGUAAAGUGCUUCUCUCCUGGGUGUUCUUUGACCGUCAGCUGACAGGAAGUCUUCGAGAGGCAGACCUGCUCAACAUCCUGCUGUCUCUCGGCCUGUUUCUCAGUCCUGCUCAGGCGCAGGAUCUGGUCAGAAAGGCUGCAGUCGGUGGGCUUUGCCUCUACAGAAAUCUGUGCAGUCGCUGGUCAGACGCCGACCGGACAGACGGCAGCAUUAGUGCUGAGGGAAAUAAAGCCAUGUUGCCCGGCCAGACAUGCAAAGAGAGAGCAUCCGCCCGUCGCACCGGUAACACAGAUCUGGUGAACUACAGAGGGAACGUCAUUAACUUACCAAACCUACUACAGACACUGGAGAGCAGCAAAGCGGCCCAACGUGACCUGGAGAAGUGUGUCGCCGCACUGCAGUCCAGACUCGAGGCAGCAGAAGCGAUGCAGGCGUCUAAUGAACAGGAGCAGGGCCAACAGAAAGAGCUGAAGAAGAAACUGGAGAAAGCCGAGACGCUCAACAAAACAUACGAGAAGAGUUUGAGAGAAAACAGCAGUCAGAUGAUCUCGGUCAUUGAGAAGAUGCAGAGGAUGGUUGAACAGACAACAGCCCUCGCAAAUGCAAAUGCAGGAAAGGAUGAGAAGGCGUAGAGACGCAAAAGCUCAUCGGAUGGUGAUGCAAUAGCGUUUGGACCGAGGAGAAUAAACAAAAAAAACCUGCAAAAUAAUUAAAAACAAAAACUUUAGCCUUUGUUUGUUAGCUUUUAAAAACAUUUUAAAGAUUAUGUCUUCAUGCACAUAGAUAAGAAAGAAUUGCAUUCAUGGACAUUUGUAAAUGUUUUUAUUAAUAGAAAUGUUUUGCUGGCUUAUUUUAGAAUGUAUGUAAUAUGCUUAAUAUGGACAGGAAAUGUUGUGCUUUAUUUAUUUAGUGUUAUUUAAUUUUAUUUGGAUGUUAAAUUCUGGCAGCUAUGAAAGUAUGAUCCUUCCACACAACUGACAAUCUCAUAAACAGAGAUGCAGAUACGCAAACCUGUUCCUAGCCCUGUAUAAUGAAACUGUAUAAUUCUUUUUUACAUGUGAAUUUGAAACUGUGUUUUAAAUGGCAUAUGUAUGUCUGGUCAUGUUUUAAAGGUUGAAAACAAGCAUGGAACCUUUUUUUUUUUUCAAAUUGAACUUUAUUGUAAUUCAUUUUUAUUUUGUACUGAAGCAUUUCCUUACUGUUAGAAACCAUCCACCGCCAUAAAUAUUCUUAAGUGUUGGUAUGAGGAUAGUCUAGUGUUUAGUCUAGACUAAAAUAUAGUGAAAGUUCAAUUAUUUUGGAAAUACUGCCUGAAUUCUCUCUUGCAAUUAAAAGAGUUUAAAGUCAAACCAAUCCAGAAAAACAGCUCUAUUUAUAUUUAACCUGCGAUGAUGUGAGAAUGAAUGCAUUUUAAUCUAAAGUCUUAAACAAUUUAGGAAUGUUUGCAAACAGUAAGAUGUUGACCUGUUUUGGAUGUAAUUGGCAAAAAUGUUUUUGUCUUUUUCUCAGGGACCAUUUAUAUUUUCCAACAGCCUGUUUUGAGCAGUUGCAUGUUUAAUUGUCUUCCAGCAGAAUUAAGUGACUGAGUAAAGUUGAAAACAUAUGCCAUGCAAUAUAUUUUUUUCUUUUCUUUUUUUGUCCACAAAAACUACCACAUUUUGUUCAGUGACUUGGCCAGUCAAUCUCCAAUCCUGAUGUAUGAAAAUGUAUUUGUCAUUUAUUUUUGAGGAGCAGUCCCAACAGAAAUAAAAGAGUUCAAAGUAUA